GUAUUACAGAGGAAGCACGAGAAGGCAUAGAAAAGGGAAAACAGUUGGAAUGUUACACAAGAGCACUGUAGUGUAGGUUUCAGAUAAGAAGCUGAGCUCAGACAGGCAGGUUAUUAACAGAGCACGAGGACAGAAAGAAUUGCAGAGAGAUCAGGGAGGGACGUCUUCUGGAUUCCUUUUUCUUUAUUCUCAAGUGAACUCCAGUCAUGUCCGAGGGAAAAGAGUUGUCGUACACAGAGAACAUAGAGAAGGCCAGCGCCUCCAUCACUCGCUUCCCUCUCAUCAGGGUCAGAGGAGUCCCUCUCAUGUCCUACAUCGCCAACAACUUUGACUCAGUGUGGGAUUUCAGACCUGACCCUUCAGACAUCCUCAUCGCCACCUACCCCAAAGCAGGGACCACAUGGACUCAGGAGAUCGUGGACCUACUUCGUCACAACGGUGAUGCAGAGGCCUGCAAACAAGCGCCCACACCUGUCCGUAGUCCUUUCCUGGAGAUCAGCUCCCCGCCUCCCAUCCCCUCAGGUCUUGACCUUCUGAACAAAACCGAUCCCCCAAGAAUCAUCAAGACACAUCUUCCUUUUCAGAUGGUGCCUCGUGGAUUUUGGGAAAACAAGUGCAAAACGAUCUACGUGGCACGCAAUCCCAAAGACAACCUGGUCAGCUACUACUACUUUGACCAAAUGAAUAUGACCCAGCCUGAGCCCGGGCCCUGGGAGGGCUACAUCCACAAGUUCAUGAGAGGAGAGCUGUCGUGGGGCUCGUGGUACGACCAUGUGAAAGGUUACUGGCUGGAGAGAGAGAAGAACAAUAUUCUUUACCUCUUCUACGAGGACAUGAAAGAGAAUCCUCGGCGUGAGGUGGAGCGCAUCAUGAGGUACCUGGACUUGGACCUGUCUGAUGAGGUCCUCAGCAGGAUUGUGGAGCUCACGUCUUUCAAGAACAUGAAGGAGAACCCGAUGACCAACUACUCGUGCGUGCCAGCACCCGUGUUUGACCUGUCUGUCUCUGCCUUCAUGAGAAAAGGUGAAGUGGGUGACUGGACCAACCAUUUCACACCUGAGCAAACCAAGAUGUUCGAUGAAGACUGUGAGAAGCAAAUGAGGGACGUCAACAUACCAUUCAGGAGCCUCAUCUAAAGACGUCAUGCUUCUAUAUAUACAUAACAUAUAUAUGUAUACAUGUGUAUAUAAGCUGAUGCAGCUCUGCAAACCAGACACUGUGCAGCUCUCAGAGGAAAUGAACCAAUAUGAUGAGGAAAUCAAACGAUAAAUAAAGAUAUAUGAAUGUCAGAAGCUCAUGAUGUGCAGAUGAACAAAGAUGUGCUCCAAAGUCCAAGUGCACGAGUUUGUAAUCAUCACUUUAUUUGCAACUUAUCGCGUAAACAAUAUAUAAGACCAAAAGUGUUGUGACUGAGUGGACAUGCCCAUUUAAUGUCACGAGACCCCCCAAGCGUCCAUUCACUGACUGCAUGAAGCCUCUAGAGAGCGCUGGCAGCUGGAGGCAUGUGGCUUCUUCUUGUUCUUUUUUUUUGUCUGAAGUCAUUGUGUGAGCCUACACCACGCUGUACAGAGUCCAGCCUAAAGCACGGAGGCUGCACGAGACACACGAGCGACAGA